AAAGGCUCCUUCAAUGUGUUUUGGGAUUGCAGUGCUUGGUGGUGCAUCAAAACUAAGUCCUGCAUCACAUAUCCAGUGAGGACCAUCCUCCCUCCUCAUUCACUCUGUCCACUGAAUGACGCUCGCUGGGGCCUCUGCUGGAUGAACUUCCAGAUAUUGAUAAACAUUGCAGUGGUUGGUGGGAUUAUCAUCAUUGCCUUCAUGGUCUGUCUCUUCUGCUGCUGCAAGUGUGAGAACUUUGGAUCCAAAAGGUUUGAGGCCAAGAUGCAGAGAAAUGCCAAUAAAAUGAGAACCAAGCAGGAAGAAAGGAAGGCCGAGAUGAAACAGAGACACGAUGAGAUCAGGAAGAAAUAUGGUCUAAGUGGGCAAAAUCCAUACUCCAGAUUUGCCUGAGAACACCUGACAACUGAGAUUUACACCAUGAACACUGAGAAGAACAUACAGCAGACAUCUGCAGCCUGUCUUUUGCUUCUGAGAAAUGACAUGACCUGAGAAUUAAUGUAUACUAUAGGACAGCUUCAGAAAAGUAAUUAGUAGUUUUGUAUAGGCAGCCUCCAGAGUUAUGAACAGGUCUACACAAAGAAUACUGCUUUUACUGUGAUGACCCAAGAGGCUGUAACCAAAGACUAGAAUAGACACGUAGCCACAGUGUUCCUUAAAACUACAGCAGUCUAUUCUGUGGCUCAAUCUACUGUUGCUAUUUAUUAUAUUAAGUUUAAUUGUACAGAAUGAAAGAAUCCAGUCUGGUAGCUGAACAAUUCUUUAGUUUUGAUUGGGAAAAUCUGUUGCAGUUGUAAAUUUUCAGGUUGUUCCUCUGAGUUGCUGCUGAGUUUAGAGAUCAUUGUAGAGUUUCUGAUCUGUUUUUGUACUUUGUGAUUUUUUCCUGUUCUAAGUGAAACGCAUUAUUGUCAGAGGCCAUUUUUAUUGCGUCAUUGCUGCACUUUUUAGUGACAGGAAUGUGUCUGUUCAUACUAUAAGUUUAAAAUAGUCUUCAUCCUCGAAUAACUUAUGAAGUAAUCAUUAAGUUGAGCUGAAGAUUUUGGUCCUGAAGUUGGAUUUAUUUGUACUAUUGCUUUAUAUCCUGUAAAUACAUACAGGCCUAAUAAACAACUUCAGACUGAGAA